AUGUUGAGCAUCAUCGGGCAGGGCGCUGGGAACGGGGCCUGUGAAGUCAUUGGAGUGAGAGGUGGUGAAAACACAGCUUCAAGCUUGCUGCAGGAUCACUACCUUGAUUCAUCUUGGAGAACUGAUAACAGCCUUCCAUGGACGUUGGACAGCAGCAUUAGCGAAGAAAACAGGGCUGUCAUUGAGAAAAUGUUGCUGGAAGAAGAAUAUUAUUUAUCUAAUAAAUCACUUUCUGAAAAAAUGUGGCUCAAUCAAAAAGAAGUGGAGAAAAGAUCUAUGAGAAGCCCACAUAAGAAAACUGGAAAAGUCAUGGUGCGAUCACCUACAAAAUCAGCUAGCUACUCAUUAAAGUGGACAUCAGAAGAAAAAGAACUAUUUGAACAAGGACUGGUGAAAUUUGGCCGCCGAUGGACGAAAAUUGCCAAGUUGAUUGGAAGUCGUACUGUUCUGCAAGUAAAGAGCUAUGCUCGGCAGUAUUUUAAGAACAAGGCAAAAACUGGUGAUUCUGAAAAAGAAGAGCAGAGUCAGUGUGGUAGCAGUCUUCCCAUUGAAGAUGGGAUAAGGGUAGAAGCAUGGUCGUCUGGAAACUUGAGAGGCCGUGCAGACCCCAAUCUGAAUGCAGUGAAAAUUGAAAAGCUGUCAGAUGAUGAAGAAGUAGACAUAACUGAUGAUGUGGAUGAACUACUUUCUCCUACCCUCCAGCAAGAAACUGGAAAAUCUGAAUUACCUGUUAUUUCAAAAAGUCCAGCUGAAGAAACGAAAGGAAUGGAACACAUUUGUUCAUCUGGCGGACAUGGUUCUGCAGUUCCUUUACCUAAAGAAGAUCGUCAACAUACCAAGCAAGAUACAGUGGAUGCAUUAGUAUUUCCAGGUGUUGCAGCAACUUCUUCUCAGCACCUGAACGGUGAUAAAACUGUGAACUUAGAUUACCAGCAAUACAAUAAUUUCAUUGAGAAAGCUGAACAAGGCAGACUAGUAACAUCUCGUGGAACUAGACAAGUAACUGAUCAGCUCGGUGAGGAACAGAGACAUCUGGCUGAUAAUGGAUUGCUUUUUCCUUCUCCCCCUCAAGUGGAUGAAGAUCAUCCAGAAGAAGCAGAGGAGCUUAAGCCACCUGAUCAAGAAGUGGAGGUUGACAGAAGCAUCAUUCUGGAAGAAGAAAAGCAAGCUAUUCCUGAAUUUUUUGAAGGGCGCCAGGCCAAAACACCAGAGCGUUAUUUGAAAAUUCGGAAUUACAUUUUGGAUCAAUGGGAGAGAUGUAAACCCAAAUACCUGAAUAAGACUUCAGUACGUCCAGGCCUCAAGAACUGUGGUGAUGUUAACUGCAUUGGACGGAUCCAUACGUAUUUGGAAUUAAUAGGAGCGAUUAACUUUGGCUGUGAACAGGCUGUGUAUAACCGACCCCAACCAGCUGAUAAAACACGGUCCAAAGAAGGCAAAGACACAGUGGAAGCAUACCAGCUCGCUCAGCGCUUGCAAUCAAUGCGUACAAGACGACGGCGAGUGCGUGAUCCUUGGGGAAACUGGUGUGAUGCAAGGGAUUUGGAAGGACAGACAUUUGAGCAUCUGUCUGCUGAAGAAUUAGCAAGAAGAAGAGAGGAAGAAAAACUGAAACCUGCAAAAUCUUCUAAAGGUUCAAGACAAAUAAAAAGUUCCUUUGAUCCCUUUCAGCUGAUACCAUGCUGUUUAUUCACCGAAGAAAAACAGGAACCUUUUCAGGUGAAAGUAUCUUCCGAAGCACUUUUAAUAAUGGAUUUGCACUCUCAUGUGUCUAUGGCAGAAGUAAUAGGGCUGCUAGGUGGAAGAUACUCUGAAGCUGAUAAAGUUGUAGAAGUUUGCGCAGCAGAGCCAUGCAACAGCCUCAGUACAGGACUGCAGUGCGAGAUGGAUCCGGUGUCUCAGACGCAGGCCUCGGAAACGCUGGCUGCCAGAGGAUACAGCGUUAUUGGGUGGUACCAUUCCCACCCUGCCUUUGACCCCAACCCCUCAAUACGAGAUAUUGACACUCAAGCUAAAUACCAGAGUUAUUUCUCCAGGGGUGGUGCCAUGUUCAUUGGAAUGAUUAUAAGUCCUUACAACCGAAAUAAUCCUCUUCCAUAUUCUCAGAUUACUUGUCUAGUAAUUAGCGAUGAGAUCAGUUCUGAUGGUUCCUACCGCCUGCCCUACAAAUUUGAAGUACAGCAGAUGUUGGAAGAACCACAGUGGGAAUUAGUAUUUGAAAAAACGAGAUGGAUAAUUGAAAAAUACAGAUUCUGCCAUAGCAGUGUCCCCAUGGAUAAAAUUUUUCACAGAGAUUCUGACCUGACUUGUUUACAGAAACUGUUGGAGUGCAUGAGGAAGACUUUGGGCAAGGUAACAAACUGCUUCAUUGCAGAAGAGUUCUUGACUCAGAUAGAAAACUUAUUCCUUUCCACAUACAAGAGUGAGAAAAAGAAUAAUGCUGAAGAAAAUGAGAAUGACCGUUCAAAUGAACUGCCAGUGUGA